AUUGUUGACGCCUGUGGCUGCUGCGGUGGCUACUGGACCGUUGGGGAGGGACGAGUAGGGACGGGAGGAGGCGCAGUGACCAGACAGCGGAGGGUGCUGCUGAGGCGAAAAUGGCAGAGGGGCCGGAGGAGGCCCGAGGCCGCCCUCCCGGGCAGGACGACGGCGGAGGAGACCACGAACCGGUCCCAUCCCUCAGAGGCCCUCCUGCCGCCGCCGCCCCACGCCCCCAAGACGCACCUCAGGCCGAACCUCAGGCCCCGGGCCUCCCGCCGCAGAGGGCGGCGGCGGCGGCGGAGGAGGAGUUGGAGCCGCAAAACGAACCCGGGAGUCGCGCGGAGGUGGCGCCCUACUGCGGCGCGGGGUUGCAGGGGUCGGCGGGCUGCGAGGCGCCCGAGUCCGGGUCGCCGCCGGAGAAACCAGCGCGGCUGAGCGCUCGCGAGUACUCCCGGCAGGUGCACGAAUGGCUGUGGCAGUCUUACUGUGGCUACCUCACCUGGCACAGCUGCCUGGCAACCUUCCCAGCCUAUUGCAGCCCUCAGCCGCCCCCGCCCAGCUACCCCUCGGGCGGAGGGGCCGCCCCCCAGGCCGCGGCGCCGCUGCCCCUCCAUCUGGGCUAUUACAACCCCUUCUACUUCCUGACCGCCGGAACUGCCGGGCCUGACCCGGGGGCGGCUCCCGGCAUCGGCACUCCUGCUCCAGUCGCUGGCCAGGGGCCCCGGGCUCCUCACGUUCAGGGGCCUGUCCGGACAACCCCAGCAACGAGGGUGGGAUCCGCCGCCCCUUCUCGAACGCCGAGCGACACCGGGCGCCAGGCAGGCAGAGAGUAUGUUAUUCCAUCCUUGGCCCACAGAUUUAUGGCAGAGAUGGUGGAUUUCCUUAUUCUCUUUUUUAUAAAAGCAACCAUUGUCUUAAGCAUUAUGCACCUCAGUGGAAUAAAGGAUAUCUCUAAGUUUGCUAUGCAUUAUAUAAUAGAAGAAAUAGAUGAAGACACAUCAAUGGAAGACUUGCAGAAAAUGAUGGUUGUGGCUCUUAUAUACAGAUUAUUAGUUUGUUUCUAUGAGAUAAUUUGCAUUUGGGGAGCAGGUGGAGCUACCCCAGGAAAGUUUCUGCUGGGGCUUCGAGUUGUAACAUGUGAUACAUCAGUGCUUAUUGCACCAAGUCGGGUUUUAGUGAUUCCUUCCUCAAAUGUUAGCAUUACAACGUCCACUAUACGAGCUUUGAUCAAGAAUUUUUCUAUUGCUUCUUUUUUCCCUGCUUUCAUCACACUGCUCUUUUUCCAGCAUAAUCGAACAGCCUAUGACAUUGUAGCAGGAACCAUUGUGGUAAAAAGAAAUGGGGUCAGAUGAUGCCCCCCCAAAGCCCUGAAUUCCAUACUUUCUGGAAUAAUGACAGGACUAAAUUACGAAUCAAGGCCACCAGUAUCCCUGAGUUACAUUAAUUGAUAAAUUAGAAAUUAAAGCAGUCGCUCCAGUGUGAUACCGGUGACUAUUCUGAAAGUAUUGAUUUUACUUGGAUGCCAAGAACUUUUCCAGAAGAAAAACCUGUUGAAUUCAAGUGUUAAAAUUUUAGAUCAAAAAGAAAGCAAGUGGUUUCCUAAUCAACAGUGGACAGUGUAUACUAAAAUCUAAGGCAUUAGAAUUUGCUGAAAGCAUUUUCAGCUUUGAAAUCUCCAAAUGAAACUUUAAAAAUUUAUUUUGGUUUAUCCCAAAAUGAUGGAAGAUGUCCAGUUGUGUUUUGUAAACACAUUAUUCAUCUUUUAGUUAUCACUUCUUGGGGAAAUUGUCUUUGCUUUUGGGGGGUAGGGGCGGGAAGUGAGGACACAAAUUUGAUAAGCCACUUACCUCCUAUUGCUGGAGGUGGUGAGGUAGCUGCCAGAGAAGGGCAACAAGUGAGGCAGGCCUAGCAGUUCCCUUACAUAAAGUUUUAAAAUCUGUACUGCAGUAUACAACUACUCUUAAUGCUUCAACAUGUAUUUUGGGGCAAGUUGCAUGAUGAUGAAAAAGUAUUGUCAUAUUGUUAUAUUAACACUGACUUUUUAAAGAAAAGUUAGUGAUUACUUUUAAUUGCGGGGG